AUGUCCAACAACCCUGAUAUCUAUCACUGGCUAUCGAACCUGCCUGAUUUCUACAGAGUCGACCGCAGCGAGACGACGAUCAUUAACCCCAACCUGAAGCGCCCCCGAGAGCUCGAAAUGACAACCCCUCCGUCUUCGGCCGCGCGGACCGGGAGCCUGUCGCCCGGCCCCAAGAAGCGAAAGAUUGACGAUAGCAGACCCGACAGCGAUGAACCCGAUCCGGAUCCCGAUGCGACACCCCGAUCGGGUCGAGCUCAACGUCCAGCCACCACCCUCUCAAUGCGAAUCGCUUUCCCCCCGCCCUCUAGCCUGAGCCAUUCCUCCGCCGCAUCCAUCGUAUCCGACCGCCAAGACAGAAGCUCUAAAGCUCUGUACCCGGGUCGUCCGCCCCCAGAUUCUGUCUACCGGAAACCUGAGGGAGGAAACGAUAAAGACGGGAUGGGACAAGACGAGGAACGCUUUUUCGACUACCUUCCCCUCUCGGCUCUGUUUGCCGGCACUGCAGAGGGCGCCUCGUUUCAAGCACGCAUCGCUCACGCCGAGUUUUACAAGGUCCGCAGCAUCAAAGAUCACGCAAGGGAGUGCUUGGCUCUCCGUCGCGCCGAGGCGGCGUGGAACGCAAAGGUUCACGAACCAUUGUUAGAGCUUGCCUUGUCGAGGCGACACACGUCUGUCAUCUGCGAGAAUGCAACGUCGGCCCGGAUUUUGCCCUGCUUUCUCCCAUGCCUCAUUACGGGCGAGGUGGCCGAGGGCAAGAUGGUGGACUUCGUGCUAGCACCUGACCUCGGCUCGGAGUCAGAGCUCGACAUUGCCAUCCAGAACAAGCUUGUCGAGCUGGCCAAGCAAAUGAAGUCCUCGGGACUCGUUUCGGCCCAGCUCUGCAUCAACCAAACCGACUAUCCCCCCCUGACGCGCUCUCCUGCAGCCGUGACUAUAGAGACCAAGGUUACCGGGGCGAGUCUCGAGGAAGGACGACUACAGCUGGGUGUAUGGAUAGCAGCUUGGCAUAGCCGGAUGGAAAUGCUCGGUGUUGGCGGCGGGAAACCAGGCCCGCAGCUGCCCACGCUACCCCUCGUCCUAACCCACGAUCACGUGUGGUCUCUUUACUUUGCAGUCGAUCGACUUGACAAGAUCGAGGUCUUUGGCCCCAUGCAUAUCGGCAUGACUGACAACCUUCCAAACAUCUACCAGCUGCUUACCGUGCUUCGGUUACUCGGGGCUUGGAUCGAUACCACGUUUCGCUCCUGGGUCAUCAAUGCCUUUCGUCCCCAGACGUGAUUAAACACUACCUCAAAUUCAUUACAAAGAUCGCGCCCGGCAUCAAUGAGAUGGUACUCGGCCAGUGACGACAAUAGGUAGUGAAAUGUGGAUCAUUUUUACCAUCAAGGUCCGCUGGCUCAAUGGCAGAGCGUCUGACUACGAUUCAGGAGGUUCCAGGUUCGACCCCUGGGUGGAUCGGGACAUUUUUUCUCUUUUGCCGUUUCAACUCCAUGCACUUUUCAUUUCCAGUAAUGAUGGGAUGAAGCUCGGGCUAUUUUAGGUACCUAAGUACCGAGUAAGACGAACCAUUUUGAUGAGGCGA